ACCUCCCAUCUGCCAUGCAUGCUGCUUAUCGGGUAACCAGAGCCGGCAACUGCGUGCACACCUGAAACAGGAAGCCCAACUGGGCCUGGGCACGGGCUGCUGCUGUCACCAGGAGCUGUGCUGGAGGAUGGAGGAGCAGCAGGUGCUGGUGGCCGCUAAAGGUGGGGAUGUGGCCACCUUAGAACGGCUGCUGGAAUCUGGCACACUGGGCCCGGGCAUCACUGACACCCUGGGGGCAGGGCCGGUGCACCAUGCUGCCCGCGCCGGACACCUGGACUGUGUCCGGUUCCUGGUGCAACAGGCCAAGCUGCCCGGCAACCAGCGGGCCCGGAAUGGAGCCACCCCAGCCCAUGAUGCCGCAGCCACUGGCCACCUGGCUGAACUGCGCUGGCUGGUCCGUGAUGGGGGCUGCAGGUUGCAGGACCAGGAUGCCUCGGGCAUCUCCCCGCUGCACCUGGCAGCCCGCUUCGGACACCCGGCACUGGUGGAGUGGCUGCUACAAGAGGGUCACUCAGCCACGCUGGAGACGCUGGAGGGCGCCCUGCCGCUGCACCAUGCCACCAUCAGUGGCGACCUUACCUGCCUGAAGCUCCUGGCGGCUGCCCACCACAGUGGCGUGAACCGGCAGACCCACAGCGGCGCCUCCCCACUCUACCUAGCCUGCCAGGAGGGCCACCUGCACCUGGCCCAGUUCCUGGUGAAGGACUGCAGUGCCGAUGUGCACCUGCGCGCCCGGGAUGGCAUGAGUGCCCUGCACGCUGCCGCUGCCCGCGGCCACUACUCACUCGUGGUCUGGCUGGUCACCUUCACAGACAUCGGCCUGAUGGCACGGGACAACGAGGGGGCCACAGCCCUGCACUUCGCAGCCCGUGGUGGCCACACUCCCAUCCUGGACCGGCUGCUGCUGAUGGGCGCCCUGGGGACCAGGGACUCCUGGGGGGGCACCCCGCUGCACGACGCAGCCGAGAAUGGGCACUUGGAGUGCUGCCAGACCCUGCUCUCCCACCACGUGGACCCCUCCCUGCGGGACGAAGAUGGGUACACGGCAGCGGACCUGGCAGAGUGCCACGGGCACCAGGACUGCGCCCAGUACCUGCGAGAGAUGGCACAGCCGGUGCCCAUCCUGAUGACGCCCCCGCCUCCGCCCUUCCCACCCCCACUGCUGUCGGCUGCAAAGCUCUCCCUGCAGGAUGGAGCAAGAGGGGCCCCCGGGCGCAGCAGCCCCACGCCAGCUGCGAUGGUCAGCCCCACCUGGCCCUGCAAGCCCACCCUGAGGGAGCCCAUGACCUGCACCCCUUCCCCAGGCAGCACCCCAGCCACCUCCACGGGACCAGAGAUGGCUCCGGGGGACACCCCUGAUGGCCUGGCUACACUGUGGCUGGAUGGGCUGCCCUCAGGGGACCUGGACGGGCUGGUGCCCACACGGGACGAGCAGGGCCGGCCCAUCCCCGAGUGGAAGCGGCAGGUGAUGGUGCGGCAGCUGCAGGCGCGGCUGGGCGCUGAGGACAACACUGCAGAGGCCCAGGUCUGUGGUGGCGGGAGUGCGGGCCCUGCCGAGCCGGCCUCCUGGCGGUACUCACGGGCACACCAGGCUAUCCUGGGCCCCUUUGGGGAGCUGCUGACGGAGGAUGACUUGCUGUACCUGGAGAAGCAGAUCGCAGACCUGCAGCUGCGUCGCCGCUGCCAGGAGUACGAGAGCCAGCUGGGCCAGCUGGCAGCUGAGCUGCAGGCCCUGCUGCCCGAGCCCCUGGUCAGCAUCACCAUCAACAGCCACUUCCUGCCCGAGGCGCCCGGGCUGGAGGAUGAUGGGGGCCCUGCGCUGGCAGCCGAGCCAAAGGACCCUGUGGGACCCAGGAGCACCGGGCCAGGCGGGCAGCCCCUGCCCUUCUGGUGUGGCCACAUCGGGCGCCUGGUGCGCAGCCUGUCGCUGCUGCUGAAGGGCGUGAAUGGGCUGGCAGAGGCUGAGGAGCCUGCGGCUGUCCAGGCUCUACAGGAUGCCAGCAGCGAGACCCUGGCCAGCCCGGCCCACAGCGAGGCCCAGCGCGAGAUCCAGGGCUGGGGAGUGUCCGUGCGGACACUGCGGGGCAACUUCUUCCUGCCCCCUGUGGACGGGGUGCCCGUGUCCUAUAGCAGCCUCUCCCUGGACCUCUUCAUGCUGGGAUACUUCCAGCUACUGGAGUGUGAGCUGCCGCCCGCUGAGCGCAGGAUGCGGCACCUGCUGUGCUUCGAGGUCUUCGAGAACCUGGGCACCCACGGCUGGGAGGCAGUGCGGGCCUUCCACAAGGCCGUGAUGGACGAGGUGGCCGCUGGCCACCGCACCUGGUCCGAUGGCUUCGAGGACAUCAAAGCCCGCUUCUUUGGCUCCAGCCAGGGCCCCACCUGGGACACGGAGCCUGGCCGGAAGCCAGGGGUGACCCCACUCAGGCCCCUGCCACGCCCCGCUGUCCCCGAGCCUGUGGCACAGCGGCCGGGUUCCUGCUCCAAGUGGGGGGGCUUCAACAGUGAGGACAUCUGUGGCUACAUCAACCGCAGCUUCGCCUUCUGGAAGGAGAGGGAGGCGGAGAUGCCCCACUUCGGGCAGUGAGCGCAGAACAGAUGGGCAGGGCUGUGGGCGCGGUCCUCCCUCCUCCCCUUCCUCUCCUGCAGGCCAGGGAUGCGGCCAGCCAGCCCCAUUCUGCAUGGGUGGGUGGUCUCUAGAGGACUUGGUGUUGCAGACCUCACCAGUGAGCCGGGAGCCCCAGGCCUGGGGCGCCCGCUUCCUGUUCCUUCCCACUGCAUCUAGGGCUUGGCCACCCCGUGCUGUCCUGCCAUCUCCUUGUGCGGGACACCGGUCGGACCCACUCAGCCCAAGACCUCCUUCCCAGCUGUCCAGGUGCCGGGCCCAUCCACGCAGACUCCCUGCCACCACACCUGGGGUACUGCGGAGGACCCAGUCCCUGAGGAGAGGCUCUCGCCAUGGUGCUCCGAGAGCCGGGAGCCAGAGCUGCCAGCCCCAGAGGUCACGAUGUCAGAGUAGCCACUUGGGCACCCAGCUGUCACCCAGAGCACCCUUCUCCACAUGACCCGGGAAGGCCACAGAAGGGUGGCACAGAGAACUGAUGGGGCCAAUCCUGGGGCUCUACAGGCUGCUGAUGGCAGCCAGAGGCUGGGCCACCAUCUGGCUGAGGUGCAAGGGUGCUGUGGGGUGAGGGCUGAGAUGCCCCCGGGGCAGUGGGCAGGGGCAGGUUGUGGGAUCUUCCACUGGCCACGUGCCUAUAGCCAAACCUCUCAAAACAAAGGUGGCAUAGGGACGUGCACCUUCAGGGUCUUCUGUGGGAAACCUCUGCCUGGAGUCCCAUGGGAGAGGCCUCAAGGAGACAUGAACUUUGGGUGAACCGGUGGCCGGCACGGCAGGGCUGGGAAGGGAAGCGGUGUGUGCCCUGGUCCUGGGCCUUGGUGCUGCCCCUGUGGCAGCCGGGCCUGGACCUGUUUGCUCAAUAAAGCUUCUCCCGGCCUCCUGGCACUCUUGUUGAUCCCCUAUGAGGGUCCCCUAUGCCUGCCGUGCCCAGCCCCAGACGGGCACCAGAUGCAAGCCCACCCUGCCACUG